CAUACUAUUUUUGCAUCAAAAUAUUAAGUAAACGGGCAGAAGACAAUGGAAACAUUUACUUUCUACAAAUAGCUCAUAUCAAUCAAAAAAUAAUUUAUCGGUAACAUCUCUAAGUGUAAGUGUUGUGUAAUUUUGUCCCACUAUCAUAGGCUGAAUUAAAUGUUCAUCUGUUUUUCUUUUUCAGGUGUGUCUGGUGUGCAGAUGAAGUGUCAGUGUUUGUGAUGGAGGGAGAUUCUGUUACUCUAUACACUAAUGCUGAAGUAAAUCAUCAAGCAAAGAUGAGAUGGUAUUUUAAUGGCACUCCAAUCGCUGCAAUCAUUGGAGAUGAGAGAGAAAUCUGUACAGAUGAUCCGUGCAAAGCUUUUUUCAGAGACAGACUAAGGCUGGAUCAUCAAACUGGAUCUCUGACCAUCACAAACAUCACAAACACAGACACUGGACUUUAUAAACAAAAUGUCAUCAACGGAGGUAGCUAUAGUUACAAGAUCUUCAGUGUUUCCGUACAUGAUGUUCCUGAACGAGAUGAAAUGAAGAGAAAGUCAGUGCAAGAGGGAGAAUCUGUCAUUUUAGAUCCUGGUGUAGUGAAAAACCUGAAUUGUGAGAUUAUAUGGUAUUUUAGUGACAUUUACCUUGCUAAAAUAACUGGAGAUGUGAGCAAGAUCUGUACAGAUGAUCAGUGUAAUGAGAGAUUCAGAGACAGACUGAAACUGGACAGUCAGACCGGAUCUUUGACCAUCACAAACACCAGAACAACAGACUCUGGAGAUUAUAAACUACAGAUCAUCAACAGCAGCUUCAGCAUUAACAGAAUAUCAACUGAAUUAACGGUCAUUAGUUCAGGUCUGUCUCCAGCUGUUGUCACAGGAAUAUGUGUUGUAGUAUUGCUCAUUGCUUCAGUACCUGCUGCUGUGUUUAUCUAUCAGAAAAGGCGAGCAAGAAGGAAAGAGACAGAGAACAAUCGUGAUAAGGGGAAUAAUUUGGAAGACUUGUCUCCUGAUCAGAAUAUCUCUCCAUUUAUAACUCCUGAGGUUCAAUGUUCAACUGACAUGUAUUUGUCCAAUGUGACUUAAUUAUAUAUAUACCUGUGCACCUUUUACAAAAACAAAGGGGGCUCUCUGAAAAAAUGAGGAGAGGGGAAAACAUGAGUUUCACUGUUCAAAUUUCACUGUUCAAGGACAUUAAGCAGCAAGGCAGAAUUAAUUUUGGCAAAUGCGUAGGUUAAGAUGAUAUCAGCCUGAUACACACAGCGCGCACCUGCUCGUACAGCCUGACUAAACUUGAGUUAUUUUUCGCGCCUUGCACUUAAACGUUCACAUACACAUAGUUACGUGCUAAAAUACCUGUCUCCUCAUCAACGCAGUCAUUUGUGUCUUAAAAAUGAACAUGGGGUAAGGUGAAGCAUGUGUAGUAGUAGGCUAUAUGAGAUCUUGUCAUUAUAUGAUGAGAUUUUAAAAGGAUAGUUCACCCAAAAAUAAAUCCCCACUGACUCCAGUAGAUUUUUUUUUUCAUACUAUGAAGGGGGAUCCAGCAACUGUUUGUUUACCAGUAUUGUUUCAACUAUAU